GGUUGUAUUUAUAUAGUUUGGCGGCAAAGGAUAAUUGAAUUGGAAUCCAAAUGGAGGACCAAGAGGAACUGUUGUCGUCGUCUUCUUCCGAUUUCGAUUCCGAUUCCGAUUCCGGUGACUCUGAAAUUGAAGUUGAACAGCUGAAAUCUCAAAAUGUAGAGGCACUCGUCAAAGGCAACCUGAUCGUGAAGAGACAAUCAUUGCUACCGCGAGUGUUAUCAGUAGGUACCAGUGGAGCCGCUGUUUGCAGAAAACCGUUCAAACCUCCUUCCGAUGCUGCUUAUACUAACAAUCAAGACCUUUCUCGUAGGCUCUCUGCUCGCAAAAGGUUUGUCCCAUGGGGUUCCACUACUCCCAUUCCUAUUCCUAUUCCUAACCCUACACCCUCCCCUUUAUUGGACUUCAAUUUGAAUGUCCCACUCCCCGAUGAGGAACCGAAACCCUCAUCUUUACCCCCUGGAAUUGAUCCUCUUGUACUCUGGCAACCUCCACACGAGGAUCCUCCUCAUUCCAGUUUCACACCGAUAUCAGUUGAUACGUUGCUCGUUCGUUUCCUUCGUCCGCAUCAGAGAGAAGGGGUUCAGUUUAUGUUUGACUGUGUCGCAGGACUGUGUGACACACCUGAUAUCAAUGGAUGCAUUUUGGCCGAUGAUAUGGGUUUGGGGAAGACACUGCAGUCCAUUACAUUACUAUACACUCUUAUUUGUCAAGGCUUUCAUGGGAACCCUAUGGUUACAAAGGCCAUCAUUGUCACUCCUACCAGUCUAGUUAGCAAUUGGGAAGCUGAAAUCAAAAAGUGGGUUGGAGAAAGAAUUCGCCUUGUUGCUCUUUGUGAAACCACACGAGAAGAUGUUAUCUCCGGGAUAAACAGUUUUACAAGUCCCCGAAGCAAUUUGCAGGUGCUCAUUGUUUCAUAUGAGACAUUCCGAAUGCAUUCGUCCAAGUUUAUUGAUAGUGGCUCGUGUGAUCUCCUCAUAUGUGACGAGGCUCACAGACUGAAAAACGACCAGACAAUAACAAACCGGGCAUUGGCUGCUCUCCCAUGCAAACGUAGAGUUUUGUUGUCAGGAACUCCUUUGCAGAAUGACUUAGACGAAUUCUUUGCAAUGGUUAACUUUACUAAUCCUGGAGUAUUGGGACCCAUUGCACAUUUUCGACGUUAUUUUGAGGCGCCAAUAAUUUGUGGAAGAGAACCUGCUGCUACUGCAGAAGAGAAGAAACUCGGUGCUGAACGUACUGCAGAAUUAAGUGCCAAAGUUAAUCAGUUCAUACUAAGACGGACUAAUGCGUUGUUAUCAAAUCAUUUACCACCGAAGAUAGUUGAAGUUGUUUGCUGCAAGUUGACUCCGCUACAAUCAGAUCUAUAUAAACAUUUCAUACAAUCCAAAAAUGUUAAACGGGUGAUUAAUGAAGAAGUGAAGCAAUCAAAGAUUUUGGCCUACAUAACAGCUCUAAAAAAGUUAUGCAAUCAUCCAAAGCUCAUCUAUGAUACCAUACGAAGUGGGAGUCCAGGAACUUCAGGUUUUGAGAACUGCAUCCGAUUCUUCCCUCCAAAUAUGUCAUCUGGAAGGUCUGGAUCAUGGACAGGAGGACAUGGAGGCUGGGUUGAGCUUUCUGGUAAAAUGCAAGUCUUGGCAAGGUUACUUGCUCAAUUACGUCAGAGAACAAAUGAUCGCAUUGUUCUUGUCUCAAACUAUACUCAGACUCUUGAUCUUUUUGCUCAAUUGUGUCGGGAACAAAGGUACCCUCACUUAAGGCUUGAUGGCGCUACAUCAAUCAGUAAAAGGCAAAAGUUGGUCAACUGCUUGAAUGACCCAUCUAAGGAUGAAUUUGUUUUUCUUUUAAGCAGCAAGGCUGGUGGUUGUGGACUCAAUUUAAUUGGGGCAAAUCGACUCGUCUUGUUUGAUCCUGAUUGGAAUCCAGCAAAUGAUAAACAAGCUGCAGCAAGAGUGUGGAGGGAUGGACAGAAGAAAAGAGUUUAUAUUUAUAGAUUUUUGAGUGCCGGAACAAUAGAAGAAAAGGUCUACCAGCGUCAAAUGUCAAAAGAAGGGUUGCAAAAGGUUAUUCAGCGAGAGCAAAAUGACAGCGUCGCGGCACAGGGUAACUUUCUUUCGACAGAGGAUCUUCGCAAUUUGUUUACUUUUGAUGAGAACGUCAAGUCAGAUAUUCAUGAAAAUAUGCGAUGCAGUCGGUGCCAAACAUAUGAUGACCCUCAAGACACUGAUGUCUUAUCGACAAUGAUUAAUAGCGAACAUGAUGAUGAUGAAACCUCUGAUAUAGGCGGAUUUGCUGAAAUUGCAGGCUGCUUAGGGAAUUUAAAAAGAUCAGAAAAGCAGGUAGGGAAUCCAUUGGAAGAAGAUUUAAGUAGUUGGGGCCAUCAUUUUUUCCCAACCUCUGUACCAGAUGGUAUUCUUCAGGCUUCAGCUGGUGAUGAGGUGACUUUUGUCUUUACAAACCAAGUUGAUGGAAAGCUGGUACCGGUUGACUCAAUCAGUCCCAAAGUACAGAAAAAGGAAUUACACAGGCCUAGGCGGAACGUUGAGCGAAAAUCUACUCCUUUUUCUUUACAUAAUAAACUAGUACCACUACGUUCUGCAUCUCAUUCAUCUUCGAUCGCUUGGAAGAAGGAGGCAACGAAUUGUGAAAGAAUUACCAAAAAAGUUGACAUAGAUGUAGCAUUGAACACCGAACACUCUCUUGUAAAUGAAAUAUCAGGACAGAAAAGAUCAUGCCCUGCUGAUAUCAAUGAUGAGCACUCUCUUCUAAAUGAAGUAUCACAGAAAAAAACAUGUCAUGUUGUUAUCAGUGAUGAUGAUUUUGAGUAACACUACUUCAUAAGUUUUUUCCCAAAUUUGGUUUGAUUUAGGCACACUUUCCUAUUUGGGAAUUAACGUCAUAUUGUCAGCACAAGUUUAUGGAAUUUAACUUCUUGUUUAUUUAUAAAAUGCCACAUUUAUCUCUGACGAAAA